UUCAGAAACAUCAGUGGUGAAGUUUUCUGAAAACAGUUCCAUCCGCAGUCGAUACUGUCACAAUAGAUAUAUCAAUUAAAAGAACUCGAUACGAAAAACCACUCCAUACAUUCCCAUAAACAAAACACGGUCAAUCAAACUACGACAACAACUGAUUUUUUUGUGAUAUAAUCUGACUAUCCCUUAUUUUUAACUGAUAUAUUACGGUCAUUCUUGGAGAAAGAAGCAAUAUUAUCAGGAUGCAGGAUCAUUUGGUGCUAGGCGGAAUCUAUAUAGUCCUGGUAUGUUUUAUACAAGGCCAAACGUCGGCAUCAAAGCAAUGUGAGUUUAAGGAACUAGACACUUUUUCUUUGGAAGAAUGUGGAGACUAUGGAAUUGCACUGCAAUGUGACAACAAAAAUCUGAAUGAAAUACCAAGAACUUUUCCAGCUCACCAAUCAGAAACGAACAUAUCCCGGAUAUGCUUACUGGAUCUAAGCCACAACCAGUUGGGGGAUCUUGAGGAUUACACUUUCACAAACGUAACUAACCUGAACCCAUUUAACAUUUUGUGGUUGUUUUUACAGAAUUCUUGUAUCACCAAUAUACCAUCUAAAACGUUUAGUGAACUAUCAAACCUCAUGUAUCUUAACUUAUCAGAGAAUGCUUUAAUUUGGCCUGACAGUUUUGGUUUUGGAGUUUUCAGACCUUUGGUAAAUUUGAAAGAUUUGAAUUUGAAAGGAAACCCAAUAAAUUCUUUUCGAGGUAUGGGCGAAGAAUUAAGUAAUGCAAACAAUCUUGAUUUCUUACGUGUUGAACUUUGUGCAGGCUGCACAUUUGACACAGACUUUAUUAAUCUUUUCCGGCUGACCAAAUUAAGCUUAUCUGGUUGGUCAAAACAAAGUUGCAACGCUUCGAUUUUGACAAAAGACAUUUUUGUAGGAGUACCAAGAUUAAAACACUUGUGGCUUUCAAAUUGUAAUAUUGAAGUUAUUGAGGCAGAUACCUUUACUCGUUUAAACAGCAGUCUAAUGUUAUUAGAUAUUUCAAAAAAUGAAAACCUCCAUUUCAAAGGAAUGAAUAAAGCAUUACAUGGUCUGAGAAAUUCAGAAACAUUGUUAGAGUUGAACGUGAAUCAGAUACAUUCGCCUUAUGAUUAUGGAAUACGCGUUAAAAAAUCGGAUAUUGUAAACCUGAAGACACUUAAAGUUCUAGAAAGACUUUAUUUGGAUCUAAAUAAGAUAGAAGUAUUUGACGAACGGAUCUUUCACCCUGUUUUUCAACUUCCUGGAACAUUAAGCCAAAUAUCUUUGGCGGGAAAUCGACUUUCAUUUGGAAAAUACGUAAAUGUUUGGCAUAGUGCUAAUAACAUUACAUUUCUUGAUAUAUCUAAACAACACUUUACACAUGGCCCUUUUUUUGAUAACCAUAAUGAGCCUGAUAUAACUGCUGAACCAAGAACUGCACGAAAGAAAAGAUUUUCAAAUUCCAAAUGUGCUUGCCAAGAGCCGCACGUAGUUUGUAUACCUCAAAAACUGCACACGGUCAUAUGGCGAAGUAGUUUCAUUUAUGCGCCAUUGAAAUACAAUUUGAAUGUUUGUGGAGCAGAAUCAUUGAAGCAUCUUGAUCUAUCAUUAAAUUUUUUCACAAAAUGGACAACACCAGUAAAGGGUUUAAAAUAUUUGAAACACCUAGAUAUUUCUGAAAAUUUCUGCGAUGAAGUAUCUCCGUCAUUUUUCAAAAGUUUCAAAACUUUGGAGCAUCUUAACGUCUCUUCUAAUAUUUUAGGAGAAUCUCUCGAUCCCGCAAAAUGUAAUUACUCAAAUAAAAUAUUCAGUGAAUUAACAAGACUUACAAAAUUAGAUUUGUCAAAUAACAAGAUCGAACGACUCCCUAGAGAUGUAUUUGAAAAUCUUAACAACUUAAAAUACCUCAAUUUGAGCUCAAACAUGUUGGUAGAAUGGAAUGUCACCUUUAGCAGUAAUACUUCUCUAAAACGGCUUGAUUUAUCUGGGAAUAAACUAACAACUCUUCCAAUUGAACUUACAAAUUAUCUGGACCGACUCUGUCGAAAUAAGUGCGAGUUGAGCCUCAUUUUAAGUUCAAAUCCUUUUCAAUGCAAGUGUGAUUCUUUACCAUUUUAUAAAUGGAUGCUUUCUACAAAGGUAGAAAUAACUUUUUCAGAUACCGACGAAUGUCUUUUGAAGUCUGGCAGAUUCAGUCUUAAAAAAAGUUUACAAGCCAUUGCAGAUUAUUUGGAAAAUGAAGCUUGCACUGAUAGAAGUUGGAUUGCCUGGGCUGUCGGAAGCGCUGUUAGUGGAAUACUAGCCUGUAUCAUCUCUGUCGUUAUAUGCCGAAUAGUUUACAAAAACAGGUGGAAACUUAGAUACUUAUAUUACAGUAGAAACAGGCGUUACCGACAUGAAGGAUUUGGCCGAUUGUUUGAAAACGACGCUUUCAUCUCGUAUGCAAAGAGCAAAGCAUCCUUUAUUAAAAGUUCAAUGGUUCCAUCUCUUGAAAAGCAACGAGGCCUUCGUCUCUGGGUAGCAGACCGUAAUUCCAUUCCAGGCACGUCUGUCGCUGAAAAUAUUAUACAUGGCAUAUAUAACAGCCGAAAAUCAGUACUUCUUAUUGACAAAGACUACUUGAAAGACAAUUGGUGUGACUACGAAAUGAAUAUGGCACAUUUGGAAGCUAUCGAAGCAAAGAGAAAAUUGAUCAUUCUAGUUCUCAUGGAACACAUUCUUCCUGAAAAUCUGCCAAUAAGUAUAAUGAACUUUCUUCGCAACGAACGCUCUCUUGAAUACCCUGAGGACCACCAGGACUUGGAUUUAUUUUGGACAAAUCUUGCUGAUGAAAUAAUGCAAACCCUUGAUAUGAGGAAUAUUGCGUAUCUAAUCGGCUCCAUUUUGGUGACUGCAAUCCUGUUUGUGGCAGCAGCAGUAAACAAAUGUACAAUUGAUGAUCUUACAAAUAAUGGUUAUACCAUAAAUUGCAGAAAUCUGUCUUUCACAAAGGUACCAAAAUACUACCCAAAGUUUGAAGUAAAUGGAACAGUUUAUUCUCUUGAUUUGAGUAUGAAUUCCUUUGUUCACCUUGACAAUGGAACGUUUUUAAAUGUCAUGAAUUUGAACAUUUCAAGAAUUGGAAAUCUUAAUUUAGGGUUUUCAAACAUCUCGUACAUAUCACCAGAAGCAUUUUAUGGUUUGACAUAUUUACGAUACCUAAAUCUUUCGGGAAACUAUCUUUCGUGCCCGGAUAGAUUUAAGAAAGGUGUAUUCAAACCAUUAAUCAGUCUUAAAUAUCUGAAUAUUAAAGAAAAUAAGUUAAACACAUUUGCUGGCUUAGGUACAGAGCUAGGAUAUUUGAGGAAUUUAGAAGCGCUUUCCGCUGAACUGUGUGACAAUUGUUCUUUCGGUAAAGACUUUGAAAAACUUCAAAAUUUGAAAAAUGUAAGUUUAUCUGGUCGCUCACCAGACACUUGCAAUGCUACAGUCCUUCGCAACAACACAUUUGAAGGUCUCACUAUGGUGAAAUGUCUUUGGUUGUCAUCUUGUAAUAUUGAGAAAAUAGAGGCAGACGCAUUUAGACCAAUGAACAGGAGUUUAACUCACCUUGAUAUAUCUUACAACGAAAAACUUCAGUUUGAUGGAAUGAACAAAGCUCUUUACGGUUUACGAUUUUCCGCAACUUUGUCGGUUUUAAAUGUAAACCGGAUUCACAACGUGCACGGACUUGGCGUGGAAUUAAAGGCUUCUGAUCUAGAGAAUCUAAGUACGUUGAGAAAUUUGUCUAAACUUUUCAUGGACCUCAAUAAAAUAGAAAUAUUUGAUGAAAAAGUGUUUAACCCUACCACUAAAUUUCCUACUUCACUUAGGGUUUUAACAAUCGCGGAAAACAGAAUAUCGUAUGGAGAAUAUUUCAUUUAUUUCCACACCGCUAGAAGUAUCACGUGUCUAGAUAUAUCAAGACAGCAUCUUUAUAACGACCCUUUCAUCGCGGAGCACUAUGAACAAGUGACAAUCGGAGAAGAAUCUAUAAGUAUAGAUGAUGUUUGCUUUGGAAAAAUAGAUAUUCUUCCAGAACAAACGUGCACAUGCUUACUUAAUUUUCCUCCAAAUUUGCGUCGAUUAAAGUGGAGAAAGAGUUUCCUCAAUUUCGAUUUAGAUGCUGAUGCUUGUGUAUGUGGAGCUAAAAAUCUACUGUUUUUAGAUUUAUCAUUCAAUCUUUUCACAAAGUGGAAAAGUUCGACGAAAGGACUGGAAAACCUUAAACAUCUCGACCUAUCAGAAAAUUACUGCAGUGAUAUUGCUCCUGACUUUUUUGACCAUUUUACAGAAUUGCAAUAUUUAAAUGUUUCAGGAAACUUUUUAGGACCAACGUUAGAAAAAACAUUAACUGAUAAGCCAAAUGGAAUAUUUAGAAACUUGAAUAAAUUAACAGAUCUUGAUUUGUCACGCAAUGAAAUUGUACGAUUUUCAGAUCGUGGCUUCUUUAUGGGAAUAAAAAAUAUCCAUCAUCUAUAUUUGCAUUCCAAUCGUUUGAUUGACUGGGACUAUGACAUGCCGGAAUCUCUUAAGCUAAUAAAUUUGUCGCAAAAUAAAUUAUCAAGUCUUUCUCCCAAAGUGAGAGAUCACUUCGACAAGGUUUGCAUAAGUAAUAUAUGCAACAUAACUGUUAUAUUGUUAAACAAUUUCUUUAAAUGUGACUGUGACAAUUUACCGUUUUUAAACUGGAUGUUGUCAACCAAUGUGAAUAUUAAAAUUGAUACUUGUAUAUUGAACUCGGAAGAGAAGAGAAUAUCGAAGAAAAGUGAUUUAGAUACAAUAGUAAAUGACUUAAAAAUGGAUGUUUGUAACGAUAAAACCUGGAUUACAUGGACCGUUGGAACUGUUUGUGUAGUGCUUGGAGGUCUAUCUAGUAUUAUAACUGCAUUAGGGGUUUAUAGAUAUCGCUGGAAACUAAGAUAUCUAUAUUACAGACGAAAUAGAAGAUUUAACCACGAGGGAUUCGAACGUCUUUUUGAAAAUGACGCAUUUGUAUCUUAUGCAAAGAGCAAUGCGAGUUUUAUUAAACGCUACAUGGUUCCUUCUCUCGAGAAGGAGCGCGGCCUACGCCUUUGGGUGGCAGACAGGAAUUCAAUGCCCGGUACAUCUAUAGCCGAAAAUAUCACACAUGGGAUAAAUAUCAGUCGGAAAGCUGUUCUACUCAUGGAUAAGGCAUACCUCAAUGAUAAUUGGUGUAACUAUGAAAUGAAUAUGGCACACGUUGAAUCGACCGAAACAAAGAGAAAAAUGAUCAUCAUUGUAUUAAUGGAAGAUAUUCCAUUUAAAACACUUCCUAUAUGUACAAUGAGGUUUCUACGAAGUGAGCGGUCCCUUGAAUACCCAGCGCAUGGUCAAGACUUAGAAACAUUUUGGACCGAUCUUGCUGACCAAAUUAUGAGUUAAAUGAAACUUUUUGUUUCCAUUCGUAAGAAUAGACAUGCAUGGUCUCCACAUCAUUCAUAUUGAAAAAUGAAUAUAUCAAGUAGCGAAAUAAAUGUGCUCUUGGUCCAGGUGAAAAUCUAGAAAAAGGGAGAUCCUUUGAAACAAAAUUAAAACAAUUUCAAAAUAUUGAAAUUUCAGAAUCGGUUUGCUGAUUGAUUAUUGGAAACAUCAUCAAUAAGACUCAUAAGACAUCGCGUUAGGUAUAGCGGUCCAGAGCACUUACGUUAGUACAUAGAGACUUGGUUGGUACAACAUAUACUAACUGCUCUGUCCUUUAUGUAUAAUUGUAUAAUAAACGUAUAAUAUAUUUUACAAAA